UUGCUUUUUGUAAAAUGGUUUUGACUUUGUGUAAUUCGGGUGUGCUCAGCAACACCCGACCCAACAACCUCCUAUAAUACACACCCUUUCUUCUUUUUCCCUUUCCAUUUCAUUCAAUUCUAAAGAGAGAGAAAGAUAGAAUGGGAUCCGAUGUAGAAUCCGACCCGAUCUCCAUACCAAAGCUCCAGCUCUUUUCCAUGGCACUACCACGCCUCCCUGAACCAUCUGGUAUGCUAACGCCACCGCUUCAAACCUCAGCUUCCGUUCCCUUCCGGUGGGAAGAACAGCCAGGUAAGCCCCGACCUUGCACCAACCUCAUCCUCCACCCCACCACCACCACCGCCAACAGAUGCCUGGAGCUUCCUCCAAGAUUAGCAAUGGUAGAAUCCAACAUUAUUACCAAAACACCCUCACCCACCACCGUCCUCGACGGUCCAGGAGAUACCGGUGGCGCUGGCAAUGGCAAAUCCAUAUUUUCAUCGUCUUCCUUCAGAUUCGCGAGGGAACGACGUCGCAAAGGGCAAAGACAAGGUUCAUUUGACAGUAACUGUAACGGUGAGAUAUUGCGCACCCCUACAGAAUAUAGCAAUCAUUUUCCAUUCAAGCAUGGACAAAAAUAUAAGCCAAUUUUCAAUUAUACUUUUUAGCACCUACUUACCUGAUACAAGCAUAAAAAAGAAGAAAUCAAAUGGAAAUUAUAUGUAUUACAUAUUGGGAAAAUCACUUA